CACACUUGUCCCGCCACCGCCGCCACCGUCUCCGCCUCCCCCUCCUCCUCUUCCUCCGCCACCACCGCACCGCCGCCGCCGCCGCCGCCGCCCCGCCGCCGCCGCGCCCUCCGGAUCCCCCUCUCCCACCCCACCUUCCUCAUCUGGUCCUCCAACACCGGCGUCGGCAAGACGCUCGUCUCCACCGGCCUCGCCUUCGCCUCCCUCUUCUCCCCCGCCGCCCCGGCGGCGGCGGCGCCGUCCAGGUUCCUCUACCUGAAGCCCGUCCAGACCGGCUUCCCCGCCGACUCCGACUCGCUCUUCCUCUUCAACAAGCUCGCCUCCCUCUCCCUCCUCCACCGGCCCCGCUUCCCCGUCCUCGCCUCGCACCGCGUCCUCAUGGCCUCCCCCUCCGCCGCCUCCGCCGCCGCCGCCGGUGUCUCCCUCGCCGAGGCGCCUCAGGGCGGGGGCGGUUCGGGCCUCGGGAUGGUCGAUUUGGGGGUUUGCGAGGAGAGGAGGUGGGAGGGCGAGAGAAGCGGGGAUUUGGAUGGGGAUGGGGCGGUGUCGGAGCUGGUGAGCGAGACGGUCUUUGCUUGGAAGGAGGCGGUCUCGCCGCAUUUGGCGGCGGAGAGAGAGAGCGGCGCGGUGGAGGACGGCGCGGUGGUGGAGAUGGUGGAGAGAGGGUUGAGAGCCGGGCUGAGAGAUGGAAAGGAGGAGACGCUUUGUGUGGUCGAGACUGCCGGUGGAGUCGCGAGCCCCGGACCUUCCGGCUCCCUUCAGUGUGACUUGUACAGGCCUUUCAGAUUACCUGCUGUUCUUGUUGGAGAUGGGCGACUAGGUGGAAUAUCGGCAACAAUUUCAGCUUAUGAAAGCUUAAGGAUUCGAGGAUAUGAUGUGGUUGCUGUUGUAUUUGAAGAUCACGGGCUUCUAAAUGAGGAGCCACUGAUGGCCUAUUUUCGGAAUAGGAUACCAGUGCUUGUGCUGCCACAUGUUCCAGAAGAUCUCUCAAAUGACCUGAUGGAAUGGUUCUCCGAUUCUCGAAGCAUAUUUGAUAUGUUGAAGAACAUAAUGAAGUCAUCUUAUCUGGAACGAAUGCAGACAUUGCUUGAUAUGCCUAAGAAGGCAAGAGAUAUUUUCUGGUGGCCUUUCACUCAGCAUAAAAUUGUAUCAGAAGAUGACAUUACCGUGAUUGAUUCACGGUAUGGUGAAAACUUUGCAGUUUUCAAGGAUCAAGAUGAUAAAUCUUUGAACCAAACAUUUGAUGCCUGCGCAAGCUGGUGGACCCAAGGACCUAAUGCUUCUUUACAGACUGAGCUUGCAAGGGACAUGGGUUAUGCUGCUGCAAGAUUUGGGCAUGUGAUGUUCCCAGAAAAUGUUUAUGAGCCAGCCUUAGAAUGUGCGGAGCUUUUGUUGGGUGGUGUUGGAGAAGGUUGGGCUUCUCGAGUAUAUUUCUCAGAUAAUGGAUCUACUGCUAUUGAGAUUGCUCUCAAGAUGGCUUUCCGUAAGUUUUGUGUUGAUAUAGGACUUGUUUCAGAAACUUCAAUUGGCGAUGCUUCUGAAAAACAGCCAGAGCUUUUGGUUCUGGCUCUCAAGGGUUCUUAUCAUGGAGAUACUCUAGGUGCUAUGGAAGCACAAUCGCCAUCAUGCUAUACUGGCUUUAUUCAGCAACCAUGGUACACUGGGAGAGGUCUUUUUCUGGAUCCUCCUACAGUUUUUUUGCACAGAAGUGUUUGGAAGCUUUCCUUGCCAGCGAUGAUACAUAAUAAAAGUUUUGCAUAUGACAAAAUGAUGUUCAGUUCUCGUGAUGAAAUUUUCUGCAAGAGCAGGGAUGAAUCGGAUCUUUCUGGUAUAUACUCAUUAUACAUAUCUCAACAUCUAUCAGGAUCAAUGGGAUCUAAGUACAUCGGGGCACUUAUUAUAGAACCAGUCAUACAAGGAGCUGGAGGAAUGCUCAUGGUUGAUCCACUUUUUCAGCGUGUACUUGUUAAUGAGUGCCGAAGGCGAAAGAUUCCAGUAAUAUUUGAUGAAGUCUUCACUGGUUUCUGGCGUUUGGGAACAGAGUCUGCUGCAGAGCUGCUUGGAUGUGUGCCAGAUAUAGCGUGCUUUGCGAAACUGAUGACUGGUGGGAUGAUACCCUUAGCUGUCACAUUGGCGACAAAUGCCGUGUUUACUGCUUUUCUUGGUGACUCGAAGCUCAAGGCGCUUUUGCAUGGACAUUCAUACACUGCACAUGCUACGGGGUGCACAGCAGCCACUAAAUCGAUCAAGUGGUUCAAAGAUUCUCAGAUGAACCCCAAUGUCAUUCCUCAAGGAAAGAUGCUUAAAGAGUUGUGGGAUUUCGAGUUAGUCACGCAAAUCUCGUCUCACCCAGCAGUCGAAAGAGUUAUUUCCUUAGGAACUCUCUUUGCCCUGGAACUCCAAACUGAAGGCUCUGAUGCUGGGUAUGCUUCAAUGUAUGCGAGGGCUCUUCUUCAGAUGCUGCGCGAGGACGGCGUUUACAUGAGGCCCCUGGGCAACGUCAUCUAUCUCAUGUGCGGUCCCUGCACUCCUCCUGAGAUUUGUUAUCAGCUACUAGUCAAACUUCAGAGAAACCUGGAAGAAUUCUACCGGGUACAUGCGAGAGUAGAAACGAGCGCUAUCGUGGGCGCGAAGUAAAUCCUCUUCGCCCGAUCCGCAUUUGCUCCUCGGCACGAACUUUCGACAUCCCAAUUUGUCAUUGGGUGCCUAGUGGAGUAGCCUAGUCCGACGAAGCAGCCGAACACUUUCCCGUUUCAGCAAAUCGACUCAGCUCGAGAUAAAUCUGUAAUAUCCCGAGUUUCGCCAUUUGGAAAUCACUCGGUCACGCUGUCACGUGAAUUUCCUGUCGCGUAUGGAAUAUAAUUUCCGGCUAGCUUAAUUAUUAGAACUGUAA